AUGGAGACAAAUAGUUUGGAACAGACGCAGCAGCAACAGGCGGCACCGCCAACAACUAAUCGAUUUCUGUGCUCGGUGAGCAGUUUGGAUCAUCAGGCGCUUCUUCAUGAUCAGCCGAUCACCUCCUCUUUAUCGGCAUUAAAUCACAAUCCAUAUGCAUUCAAUUAUUCGAUUCCGCUACCUCCGACGGAUACGCUCAAAUUGCCCAAAUUGGAAUUGAACUCGCUGGAAUCAGAGAAGGACGAUGAUCAGGGCGAUUCAACGAGUCCGGCGACGUCCGGCACGAAAUCGCAAAAGCCAAGAAGGCAGCGAACGCAUUUUACGAGCCAUCAGCUCACCGAACUUGAGAAUUGGUUUUCGCGCAAUCGAUAUCCUGAUAUGGCAACUAGAGAAGAAAUUGCGAUUUGGAUAAGUCUCACUGAGCCCAGAGUUAGAGUUUGGUUCAAAAAUCGCCGGGCAAAAUGGCGAAAACGCGAACGAAAUUAUGUAAUCGAUAAUUCGACGACGCCGAAGACGACAGGGAUGCUUCAGAUGCCGGGAAUAUCGACUGGAAGUAUAGGACAUCUACAGAAUAGUUUCACGCCUACUAUUCUGCAGUCUAGCAGCACGACGUCACAGAUCGAGUACCCAUCCGUCUCUUCGUCGUCAUUUUACGGCUAUCGAAGCGCCUGGCAGACUAAUCCGUAUCAACCGCGGCCAACACAGACGUUCAAUUGGGAUAUUAAGACACAGUUUCCUACCACACUGCCAGUGUCACCAAACCGCUUCCCAGGAACCAACCCGGUGUCAACAACUCCAACCUCAUUCCCAUUAGCUGAUGACAAGCUAAAGCUCGUCGACGGUUUGUCCAGCUCACUGUCAAGCUCUUUGGGACAGGCCUAUCAAACCUGUCAGUACAACGGACCAUUAUAA